UCAGUUAUACAACUGGAAUAUUAGUCAUCCUACUAAUACUGUCUUUUACAAAAGCAGAUAUUAAUGCGAAAUUUUUACUUGAUUUAAGUAACUUUCUUAAAAACACAUCCUAUGAAUCAAUUGUUUCGAAUGGAAAAAAUGUCACAAUUAAUAAUGGAAAAAUUACAAAUAUACAUUUUGAAGAUAUUAUUCUCCCUGAUAGAGCUAUACCAGAUUCAAUGAAUACUAUAAGUGAUUUAGAAACAUUGUCUAUUAUUAAUUGUACAUUUCAGAUAAAAUCACAACUUGUUGGCAACUCAAAAAAAUUAAAAGAAUUACGAAUUAUAGGGAACCCUAUCUUAAAUAGAGCACCAGAUUUAAAUGGUCUAGAUAAUCUAGAAUAUUUGGAUGUUUCUGGUAAUUCGAUAGAUACUCUUAUGUCAGAUAUUGCAUUUAACAAAAAUUUGAAGCACAUGUAUGCUAAUUCUAAUAAUUUAAAAAAUAUACAUAUGAUAUAUCUUAAUCAAAUAUAUGCAAUUAAUUUAUCAAUAAUUAAUAAUAACACUAUACACAGUAAUUUAUCACAUAAUAGAAUUAUUGGUGAGGUAAAAUCACUUAGUAAUAAUGCCGAAUUACUAAUUUUAGACCUUUCACAUAACUUUUUGCAGGGUCAUGUCUCACCAUUCUAUGCAAAUAUUAAACUGAAAAUUUUAGAUCUUUCAUUUAAUAAUCUAGAACACAUAGUUGAACAACCGUCUGAUAGAGAAAGUCUUCGACCGUUUGAUAAAAAUGUUGAAUUGGAAAUGAUCAAUCUUUCAAAUAAUUGGUUAGAUAAUCAAAUUGAAGGGUAUUUUGAUAAAAAUAUUAAAUUGAAAUAUUUGAAUAUUCAAAAUAAUAGAUUUGUAGGUGGUAUUCCUGAUAUUAAUAAUAAUAAAAAUUUAAUUAUAUUUAACGUAUCAAAUAAUAGUUUAUCAUCAUCUAUUAAAGAAAUUUCUAUCAAGAGUUUGUCACAUAUAGAUAUUUCACUUAAUUCAGUAAAAGGCGAACUUCCAAAAUUUACUGGCUGUAUUAAUUUAUUAACUUUAAAUGCCUCUUGUAACGGUUAUAGCGGUGUUAUUCCUCGUUUUAAUAACACUGAGUUAUAUUCAUUAGAUCUUUCAGGUAACAAGUUCCAAGCUACUGUGGACUUUGAUGUUCCUAAACUGAAAUAUUUGGACCUAUCAAAUAAUAUUAUAGGUAAUAUAACUUCUUCGUUUAAAAACAAUCCUGAAUUAUUUACACUAGAUAUUUCUCUUAAUGAAAUAAAAGGUAACCUUCCGGAUAUUGCUAGUAAUAACAAUCUAGAAUAUUUUAAUGCAUCAAAUAAUAGAUUCUCAUCAAAUAUUACAUCAUAUAAAAUAAGUCCUAGUGUCAAAGUCGCAGAUCUUUCUGUUAAUUAUUUAACAGGUAUUAUCCAAGACCUUGAUAAUAAUAUAGAAUUAACUGAAUUAAAUGUUUCGUCUAAUCUUUUGAGAGGUGAACUUCCAGAAUUUAACGCUAAUGUUAAUUUAGAGUUUUUAAAUCUUUCAUCAAAUCAUAUAACCGGGAAUAUUCCCGAUUUUAGUAAUAAUUACAAACUAGCUAAAUUGGAUCUUUCAUAUAAUUGGAUAUCAGGUGUUAUUCCAAGUUUUGUAAAUAAUAGAUUUAUGACCACAUUACUUUUAAUGGGAAAUCGUAAUCUCAAAUAUUACUGUAAAAAUAAUGGUGGUUUAUUACCUGGCGUAUUUGGAAUAGGUGGUGAUAUUUGUGAUUUGGGUAGUGUCACCAUAGUGAGUAAAAGAGAUUGUAGUGAUAGUAUAAAGAGUCAAUGCAAUGUUAAUAUUAUGUCAAGCGCAAAAUCUAUUUACUAUAUUGGUACAAUCCAAAUAUUGGCUGUAUUUUCCUGCUUAUUAUUUAUGUUUUAAACAUAAUAGAUUUA